AUGCCAGUUAUACCGAUACAUGAUGAAGAAGACGAUGACGAUUGGGCCUUUGAUGACGAAGAAGAGGAUCCUGAAUUGCAACAGAUUCUCCAAAACGGCGUGUCACUGAAGCGGCAAAGAACCCUUGAUGGCAACAUUGUCCCUACAAUCACAUCAGUACAACAACUACCUAAACCAAUACCAGUGAAUAUCCCCAGUCACCAUCCCAUAGAUUAUGAAAACUUAAAAACAUACAUCUACCCUACCAAUUUUCAAAUCCGUGACUAUCAAUAUAAUAUAGUCCAACGUGCAUUCUAUGAUAAUUUACUCGUGGCAUUACCUACCGGUUUAGGUAAAACCUUUAUUGCAUCUACAGUAAUGUUGAAUUUCCUACGAUGGUUUCCUCAGUCCAAAAUUAUAUUUAUGGCUCCAACGCGUCCAUUGGUAGCCCAACAAAUCAAAGCCUGUUGUUCAAUUACAGGUAUACCUAGUUCAAAAGUGGCAAUCUUGUUGGAUAAAACGAGAAAGAAUAGGGAGGAAAUAUGGGACACGCGUCAGGUGUUCUUUACUACGCCUCAGGUAGUGGAAAACGAUUUGGCUCGAGGUAUACUAAAUCCGAAAUCUGUUGUGCUUUUGGUUAUUGAUGAAGCCCAUAGAGCACGAGGAAACUACUCGUACAAUAACGUGGUCAAAUUCUUAUCCCGUUUCAAUAAUUCAUUCAGGAUCUUGGCAUUGACUGCCACUCCAGCAGGUGAUGUCGAAGGUGUCCAGGACAUUAUUGACAAUUUAAAGAUUUCAAAAGUUGAAGUUAGAACAGAACAUGCAAUAGAUAUUACCAAAUACAUGAAACGGAAACAAAUCGUGAAAAGGACAGUCAAUGCGUCUUCGGAAAUUCAAGAAUUGAUUGGGUUACUUGCUACAGCUAUUUCUCCAGUAUUGAAGUCAGCUAAUGAACGGGGGGUUUUUGAUAUUACUGAUCCUACUCGGAUAAAUCAUUUCCAGUGUAUGGAAGCGUCAAGAAAAGUCACUAUGAAUAGAACCAUGCCCAGUGGGCUAAAAUGGUCAAAUUUUUACAUGCUCCAACUAUUAGGAGUAGUAGGGCAAUGUUAUAGAAGACUUAACAUCUAUGGUGUUCGUUCAUUCUACACUUACUUCAAUGAAAAGUAUAAUGAAUUUAAAGGUAAAAAGUCAAAGAGUCAAAUCAAUUCUGAUUUCUACUUCAGUGAUGAAAUCAAGCAAGUUUUAAAACGGCUGGAUGAGGUACUAAAAGGGAAAGGAUACAGUCACCCUAAGAUUGAAACAUUGAUGGACGAAUUAACUGAUUUCUUUGCCGAUGGCGUAUCUUCUGAUUCAAGGGUUAUCAUAUUUACCGAAUAUCGUGAAUCAGCGUUGGAAAUCGUUCAAUGUAUCGAAAGGACGGAAACUAAUCUUAAACCGCAUAUUUUCAUCGGUCAAUCUAAGGAAAAGGAAAGAUUCGAUGAAACAAAGUCAAAGACAAAAGGUAAAUCAAAGAAGCGAGCUCAUGAUGGCGAUGAUGAUGUUCGCGAUUCUACUAGGACAAGUUCAGAAGAUGCACAGAUAAAAGGGAUGAACCAAAAGUUACAAAAAGAAAUCAUUAAGAAAUUCAAAGCGGGUGCCUACAAUAUCUUAGUUGCUACAUCUAUUGGUGAAGAAGGGUUGGAUAUUGGUGAAGUUGAUUUGAUUAUAUGUUACGAUUCAACUUCGUCACCCAUCAAGAACAUUCAAAGAAUGGGUAGAACUGGUCGUAAACGUGAUGGUAAGGUCGUCCUCCUCUUUUCUAGUAAUGAAGAAUUAAAAUUUGAUAAAGCCAUGGCAGGGUAUGAAUAUAUCCAACAACAUAUACAAAAAGGUGAUUUAAUUACAUUAUGUUCCCGAAAUAGAAUCAUUCCCGACAUAUAUACGCCCAAGGUUGUUGAACAGUUUAUUGAGAUUCCCGAUGAAAAUAUUGAAUUAAAGAGUGAAGACGAUGAAGAUGAAAUUAUUCGUAUUGCCACUCAGUAUAUGUUGGGUGGAAGUCAAAAGAAGAAGAAACUGACCAAGAAACCACUAGCUUCUAAGAAAAAGUUCUUUAUGCCCGAUAAUGUUGAGACUGGAUUUCAAAGUGUUACUAAUAUGAUCAAAAAAAGUGGUGAUGAAGUAGAAAAGAAACGAGAGCGUGACAUUUUAGAUUCUUUUCUCGAUUCCUCUGAUGAUGAUGACUUGCCGAUUAUUGCAAAUCCAUCGUUAGUUCGUUCUAGUACUAGUUCAAGGAAGCUAAAAGUUGUUGACUCCGAUAGCAAUGAUGAUAUCCCAAUUUCCUCAACAUCUCGUCAACAUUCAAACCCGCAAGCUUCGGAUUCACCGAAUAAAAGGCAAGUUAUUGAUUUAAAAAGUGAUGAGGAUAUACCAAUAGCUUCAAAAGCUGUCAGUAAACUGGAUUCAAGUAAAAAGAAACAAGUUUCCUCGGAUAGUGAUAACGAGCUAUCAAUUCACAAAGAUUUAAACACACCGGCCUCAUCAUUAGUUUCAGAAUUUCCUGUCUCGUCCAAACUGGAGCUGGGUUCGAUUCCUAUUGAUCUCGAUGAUGAUUUCUCAUUUAGUCUGGAUGAUGAAUCAGAAGUAUCUGAAUCUACCAGAGAACCAACGCCAUUGGUUCCACUGUCUCCAAAACCAAAGCCUAAAUCUUUAGGUGUCAAGCGAGCAGUGGUGGUUCCUAAUGACCACACAGCUUCCCCGCCACCUGUUACUAGUAUACCGGUUGAAAAAGCGAAAAUGUUAACUAAAAUUUCAGAACUGAAUUUCAAUAUUCCCCUGAGUUUCAAUCCUCAUUCUGAAAUUGGAAGGCCAAAGAAAACAUUAGGUUUGAAGAGAACAAGAGUAAAUAUCCUUGAUCAGUUAAAGAAUCGGCAAUCCCAGCUUGCUGCUACCCAUGAGGACAUUAACAGGGAUCAUAGCGGUACUCGAUCGGCUCCUAUAGUAUUGGACGAUAUUGAUUUGCCUAAUUACACACCAGAUAGUCAAGUAUGUGUGAAGCAUGAAUUAGAACAAGAUCAAACAAAUGAUUAUUCAAUCGAUGUGGAGCUGGAACCAGACAAACUGACAAUUUCAGUUCAUGAUUCUGGGCACGAUACUGUGGUAAUCAACCAAAGUAGAGUUAAUAAACACUAUGAUAUAGAACAGAAAAGUCAUAAUAGUUCAAUCUACGAAUUUAGUCUGGAUAGUGAAGGAUUACUAACUGAAGACCAACGAAUGCAAUUAUAUACCAAUUACUAUGUUCCAGUUGACCCUAGCCAAACUGUUCAAUUUUAUGAUCCGUUUGAUGGUUUAAAAGGUAAGAAGAAAAACCACGGGAAAAUUCCACAUAGUUUGAAUACAGAAAAGUUAAUUGAUUAUUUGAAUCGUGGUAUAUUGGAGAAACCUGGAGAAGAUGGUACUGAUGAUUCGUCUUUUGAUUUGUCGUCUAUAGUUUAUGAUUAA